GUAGAACAAGACUCGUGAUUAUAUUUUUAGAACACCCCCGAAAAUCAAAUGCUUCCUCCCUUGUCUGCCGCGCCAGUCUAAAGUAGGCUGUAAGGAGUUGUAGUGUAUGUCUCCCAACUUAGUAACACCCGGACGAAAAAGGGAAAUGUUUCGUCUUGUCCACGCAUACACAGAAAGUCGUUAAAAGAAUAGAGUCGACAAGCGAGGUAUACUUGUAGACGUAAUAUGAUCAAUGAUUGUCUUGAUCAAAUGCCAAGAAACGUGUUCAUGAGACAGUCAUCUGCACUAUGGGAUGCGUGAAGGUAUCUGCCCUCUUGGUAUCUGUCCUUGUGACAGGCCUCUCUAUCUACCUGUACACACCUAUACCUGACGACCUGGAAGAACCAUGGAAGCUCAGGAUAUACACAGCAGCAUUUAAGUUACUACAACUUGUGGGCAGAGUUACUGACUCCACUGAUUGUGGCAGCUAUGCAAACACACUGCGUCUGCUGGACACGAUGGCAGAGGCCGGGGCAUUCAACCACAAACCAAGUCCAUUCCUUAAUGUCACUGACACAUGGUUUGAUGGGGUCAAGGUUCGGAUAUACCGCCCCAAGAGCGGCCACACUCCCAGUCCAGCUCUAGUGUAUUACCAUGGUGGAGGCUGGACAUUCGGAAGUGUUGCGUUAUACGACCGCUUCACCAGACAGAUAGCGGAAUCAGCAAACAUAUUGGUGGUGUCAGUCGAAUACCGCCUUGCUCCGGAACACCCUUUCCCCAUCCCGUUUGAGGACUGUGUGACGGCUACCCUACACCUGCUCCAGAACCCCCAGCAGUAUGGGGUGGACGGCAACAGGAUUGCUGUGGGAGGUGACAGUGCUGGCGGCAACCUGGCCGCCGCUGUUGCACUGAGGCUCGGCAACAACAAACAGCUCCCACGUCUGUCCUUCCAGAUGCUCAUAUAUCCCUGCGUUCAGCCCUUGGACCUCAAGUUGCCGUCUUACACAAAUCCAUUGAACUUCUUUGCCACAGGCCCAAACGAUAUGGCUUGGUACUGGGCCGCCUACAUUGGACAGACCUCCCAUCCCGAUCUAGUUGAAGCCAUGGUUCACAACCAGCACACCUCAGCAUCAGCGAAGCGGUCAAAAUAUGCUGAUUUUGUUGAUGCCAAUGCCAAUUUACCGAAGAGGUUUCUGAGGAAGGAGACUUCCAGAGAUGUAGAUUACGGUAAUGAGACUCUGUGGGCGGAGAUAGCACCGCGAGCUACCAACCCGUACCUGGCUCCUCUCCUUGCUGAGGACUUCACAGGAGUCCCGCCAUCUCUGUUGGUCACGGCGGAGUAUGACGUGUUACGAGAUGAAAGCAUCAUGUAUGCUCAACGACUGAGAAAAGCAGGGAUUAAGGUCGCACAUAGACAUUAUAUUGCAAUACACUCAGUACUGGUAUUGGAUCUUUUUGAAGUAGGUAGAACAGCUAUAGCUGACAUGGCCAGGGAUCUCCAAAAACAUUUUUUCCAGUAAUUAAGAUGAGGAAGGAUGUUUAUUUCUGUUUUAGCUUUUAGCGAACAAUGUCUUUUUACAUUAUGGUUUUGAUACUUGUGUUUGUGACUGAAAUGACCAACCGUGAAUUGUAGUUAGUCACAUGAGAUGCUUAGAAAAUCGUUUAUUGCCUUUAUGCUUUAUUGAGUUUUUUAUCCCAUUUUAUCCCCCCGGCAUAUAAUGCUCACCUGGACAAUAUGUUGUCCUCCUGACUGUUUAUGGGUGAUAGCUUACCUGGAUAAUAUGUUGUCCUACUGACACCCUAUGAGGUGAUAGCUCACCUGGAUGCUGUGUUGUCCUCCUGACUGUCUAUGGGUGAUAGCUCACCUGAAUGAUAUGUUGUCCUGACCAUCUAUGAGGUGAUAGCUUACCUGGAUAAUAUGUUGUCCUACUGACACCCUAUGAGGUGAUAGCUCACCUGGAUGCUGUGUUGUCCUCCUGACUGUCUAUGGGUGAUAGCUCACCUGAAUGAUAUGUUGUCCUGACCAUCUAUGAGGUGAUAGCUUACCUGGAUAAUAUGUUGUCCUGCUGACACCCUAUGAGGUGAUAGCUCACCUGGAUGAUGUGUUGUCCUCUCAAUUUUCUACUGGGUGACAGCUCACCUGCACAAUGGGUUGUCCUCCUGACAGUCAUCGAACUGAUAGCUCACCUUGAUAAUCAGUUUACUUCCUGUCUACUUGGUGAUAGCUCACCUGAACAAUAUGUUGUCCUCUUGACUACUGGAUGAAUGUCACCUGGAUGAUGUGUUCUUCUGGCAAUAACCUAGGUGACAGCUCACCUGAACAACGUCUUGUGCUCCUUGCUGUUCAUGGCUCACCUGGAAGUCUUUUGACAAUUAUAUACAUGUUGUACAAUU